UCCGCCAGUCGCACUUUAAGCGUUGCAUCAGCUGCAGCGUUUCACCGUUUCUCCCGUGAAAUCGCAAUCGUUCUCGAUCGCGGACAAUUUAUCGCGAUAUCGUGUGCCCGAUCAAAUUUUUAAAAACAUUUCAAACAUUCUCCGGUAGAACGUGGCCAAGGUUCGGGACGACGAAUGCCGGUGAAUUCGGAUACGCGACCGAUUCGUACCUCCGGGGACCGACAAGUAACGAGCGAACGACCUAGGGCUCGACUCAUGAUGCAAUAUCCAAACAUCGAUAUACAAGAGGGGAGAAGGAUUCGUAGCGUGCGAAGAAGACUUUUUCAAGACGACGAUGACGAUAAUGAAACGGAAUCGGGGCGAAAUUCCCGUAUCGAGGACAAUGUUGCCAAUUGUUUUUUCGAAGAGGCUCGAAAAUACCGAGAGAACGCUAAGGAGAGGUGGAACUUCGACUUCGAGAAGGAGGAACCUCUACCCGGUCGUUACGUAUGGGUGAAGCUUGAUCAACACGGAAAUGAAAUUCGCAAUCCGUUGGAGACGAACAGCCGAGUAGAAAAUAUACAAACGAUGCAGGAAGAAGACGCACAAGAUGAUGACGUUACGAUGCAAGAUCACGCAGAGGAUAAGGAUGACGAUAAAAUGACCGAUAGUACGUGAGCAGAGAAAGAGAGAGAGAGAGAAAACAAUAACAAAAUAAAACGUAGUAACAAAAUAUAAUUUUGCUCAUCAUAAAUUUUGAUAAAAAAGGAAAGUGAUUCCUUUUUUCAAACUACAAUUUAUAAGUAAAAGUUAAAAAAAAAAUCGAUGAAAUUGAAGUCAGAAGAAGAUCAAAUUGAAAAUUGUGAAGAUGUUGAUUACAGAAAAAGGUAUUAAUUUGACUUCUAGUCAGAAUAGACGCUCUUUAGCCUAAAGAGUAUCUAGAGUAAACCAAAGUUUUUUUUUUUUUUUUUUAUUUAAAUUACAAAAAAUUUUGACUCGUAAUGACAACUCGAAAAUCGGAUGUCGAUUGUCGUGAUAUUUGUUAUUGUAUUAUUUAUCUUAAUUUUAUACCAUUUUACAUAAUUAUUUAAUAUUUAUUAUUAUACCUGCGUGCAAUACACGUGAUUAGUGAACGAAUGAUAUUAUUAUGUGAAUAUAAAUUAUACGUAUAUUAAAGUGACUUUAUACU